AUUUGCUGCAUCUUGUAUAAAGAGUGAGGAGGAUGAAGAGAAACCUCAGUUCUCACAGCUUCAUCUGCUUCAAACAGAAGACAGCGUUGUUAUAACCAAUCAGAUGACAGCAGAAACUGGUGGAGGAGCAGAAACUAGCAGGAACUCAGAUCUGAACCCUCAUAAACAGACAUCAGAUUCUUCAGAGACUGAACUAAGUGGCGAUGAUGUGGAUCAAGACUCUGAACUGUCAGACUCUGGGCCUGAAACUGGAUAUGGAGACUUGCAUAGUAAUGAGACCAGGUCUACUGAGUCAGAUGUUAAGACUGUCAACAAAUCCUUUAGCUUCUCUGAGUGUGAUGAACAGUUUUUUCAUAAGCGGUCUCACCAGAAACAUAACAGAGUUAAAAGUCAUUCAGCAAGGAGGUCUUCAGGCUUUUUGUUUGAUACGGAACAUGUGAGAGAGAAGCAACAUGUUGAUUCAUGCAGAAAAGUCCAGACCAAACUAAAAUCAUUUAGUUGUGUCGACUGUGGGCAAAGAUUUAGUGUAAGGUCAAAUUUAAACUCACACAUGAGAGUCCACACAGGAGAGAAGCCUUUUGCUUGUGAGCUCUGUGUAAAAAGAUUUAGUCACAAGCAUCAUUUAGACACACACAUGAGAGUCCACACAGGAGAGAAGUCUUUUGCUUGUGAGCUCUGUGGACAAAAAUUUAGCCUAAAGCAAUAUUUAAGCAGGCACAUGAGAGUCCACACAGGACUGAAGCCUUUUGCUUGUGAGCUCUGUGGAAAAAGAUUUAGUGUAAAUGAAAGUUUAAGCCAACACAUGAGAGUCCACACAGGACAGAAACCCUUUGCGUGUGAGCUCUGUGGACAAAAAUUUAGCCUAAAGCAAUAUUUAAGCAGGCACAUGAGAGUCCACACAGGACAGAAGCCUUUUGCUUGUGAGCUCUGUGUAAAAAGAUUUAGCCAAAAGACGACUUUAAACGAUCACAUGACAAUCCACACAGGACAGAAGCAUUUUGCUUGUGAGCUCUGUGGACAAAGAUUUAGUCAAAAGAAUAAUUUAAAUAGACACAUGAGAGUUCACACAGGAGAGAAGCCUUUUGCUUGUGAGCUCUGUGGACAAAGAUUUAGUCAAAAGAACACGUUAAACACACACAUGAGAGUCCACACAGGACAGAAACCCUUUGCGUGUGAGCUCUGUGUAAAAAGAUUUAGCCAAAAGGCAACUUUAAACAGUCACAUGAGAGUCCACACAGGACAGAAGCCUUUUGCUUGUGAGCUCUGUGGAAAAAAGUUUGUUGAAAAGGCAACAUUAAACAAACACAUGAGAGUCCACACAGGACAGAAGCCUUUUGCUUGUGAGCUCUGUGGAAAAAAGUUUGUUGAAAAGGCAACAUUAAACAAACACAUGAGAGUCCACACAGGACACACAGGCGUGUGAGCUCUGUGGACAAAGAUUUAGUCAAAAGGGACAUUAAAGCAGACAUUCAAGAGUUCACACAGAGAAUAAAGCAGCCAUUUAAUUAUGAGUGUUUCUGUUGUUUUCAUGUUCUUAACUCAUUCAAGGCCAGCCGUUUCCCGAUCAGAAAAGCUCUGCGCUGCCAGCUUUUUUCAGUGUUUUUACAGUUUUUUUUUAAGAGUCACAGAACACUGCCCUAUGAUGAAUCUGACGCCCACACAGUAAAAUAUACAAAUGACUAAUUUAGUCGUCAACGGCAGUGAACGGUUGGAUUUAAAAUGACGACUUUCCUCAUCAGUGGCAUUUAAUGAGUUCAUGUCAGUUGUAACGUGAUGGAGCUAUUCCUCCAAGGUUAUUUACCCUCUCUCCACAGAUGCCUCUGACACUGUACUAAGUGCAUGAGACUGCCUCAAGGUCAUGCAUUCGCUUCUAAAACUGUUGUCUUUCCAGCAAGAGAAGAAUAAAGAUAAAGGACUCUUAAUACAUCAAAGAACUUUAUUUUUAAUAAAGCUAAUCAAACAAGUGUUAGUCAAUAAUAUAAUGUUGACCAAUCUGUGAAAUAACAAUGUUAUGAUUAAUAUGCUUUUGUAAGUAAAUGACUUUAAUCUAGCUCACUAGACAUGCUGAUAAACGUAAUGUAAACGCAUGACACAUUGCUGUUACUGAUCCAAUCAGAACCUUCCUUUCUGAAGCGUGGCACAGUCUCUGUGGUGUUUAUAAAUCUGCCGACUUUGAUUUGACCAGAAUUCAAAACAUCCAGAUUAAUAAAACCAGUUCCCACGCCAUCUUAAGUUCAGUUCUCAAGAUCUCACUGGAGAUCACCGCAUGCUAAACGAAGUAUCGGAUCGGCCAUCCGGACUUCCUUUUUAAGCAAAGAACCAACAAGCUGGAUAAAAUCUGUUGCAUUUUACCAACCAAGCAACGGUUCCUUUCAGAAUAAAAGCUGAACUCACUGACCCAAGGAGGGUCCCUUUUGACGCUGUGAACCACCUGUCGCUUUUUACCUGGAGACAAUCCAAAGACUAGUUUGUCGUACUGCUGACGCUGUUCCAUCGGCUCCAGUACCAAAGGAGGGUCCGAGGACCUGGCAUUCUGGAUCUGUACGGAAGUCUCAUUCUGAAGGGUGGGCGUGUCGGAGAGCCUCAGCUGCUGCUGAUUUCCCAUCAGCAAGGCCAGGGUAUUUGAGUGGCGUGUCCACACUCCAGCGCCGGUUGAUACUCUCACCUGGAUCAACCACCGGAUCUCAGCCUGAGUUUUCUGCUCCCUGGACAGUGUAUGCCAACAUCGUCACUCAUCUCCCCUGGUCAUCUGCUCUCCGCUGUCCACCUGCCCUGGAUCCCCGUCAGCCACAUCCCUCCUGCCUCAUCCCACUCCUCCAUCGACCAGACCUGACCAACCCUCUCCUCACAUCCAUCCUCUGUUCAGGCUCUACCCCGGCCCGGUUCCUGCUUCGUUGAAGUUGCGCCCUUAGUUCCCGUUGGUUUUCCCAGCACCCGUUUGGAGCUGCGUCCUCUGUUUAUUUAUUUUUUCAUUUAAUAAAACCAUAUUUGUAUUUCUUACCUCCUGCCUGUGGUGAUUCUUUCAUGUGGGUCAGGAAGCUUCCUGGAAUCAUGACAAUCUGUCUGUCUGUCUGUCGGUCGUAAAGAUUUACAUGAACUUUUAAUUAUAAUGAAUGUAAAUGAUUUAAAUUCCAUCUAGGGGUGGGCAAUAUCAUGUCAUUCAUAAUAUUACCAGUUAUUAUUUCCUGCUAAGAAUAAUAAUCUAUCAUGUUAAGCUAACUUCAUGAUGUAGUUGCAUCCACAAAUGUUUUUAUUUACAGGGUAUUUGUAAGGCCAAUAAAAGCUAUUGCUGGUUGUUUCA